GAAGGGGGAAAAGACACACAGAGACCUUUUUUUUUGUUUUGUAAACAGGAGGUUCGCGUUGUGCUUCAACUCUGGGUGACGAAAGGCGUCUGCUGCAAUGUUAACGCAGAGCUGAAGCCUUAACAUCUGCCGUCUCUGAAAGGCAAACAGCAGCAGCCAUGGAGUUCAACAAUUUGGUGACCUUGUGGAUAUUUUGCUUGUGUCUCGUUGGGGAAAGUUGGACUGACAAACCAAGUUCACCGACACAGGACAGCCAGACGGUUGAAAAGGGGGUUUUAGAUUUUUGUCUCAUCGACGAGCCACUGUGCAGAGACGAGAACGCCCUUCUCAGCUUCGAAGCCAUUCGCAAUAUCCACAAGCAGAUGGAUGAUGACGCAAACGGCAAUGUAGACGUGUCGGAGACAGACGGCUUCCUGAGAGAGGAUUUAAACUACCAUGACCCCAAGGCCAAGCAUAACAGCUUCCACGGGGACGACCAGUUCAUCAGUGUGGAGGACUUGUGGAAUGCAUGGAAGGGCUCUGAAGUGUAUAAUUGGACAGUGGAUGAGGUGGUGGAAUGGCUCAUCACAUACGUGGAACUUCCACAAUAUGUGGAAGCAUUUCGCAAGAUGAAUUUUAACGGCAGUGCCAUGUCAAGGCUCGCCAUAAAGAACGCCACCCUGACUCUCUCAAUCCUGAAGAUCUUGGAUCGCAGCCAUGUGCAAAAGUUGCAGCUCAAAGCUUUGGACACUGUUUUAUUUGGAGCACCUCUGAUCAAUCGACACAACCACUUGAAGGACUUCAUGCUGGUUGUGUCAAUAGUCAUAGGCAUGGGGGGCUGCUGGUUUGCCUACAUCCAAAACCGCUACUCUAAGGAUCACAUGAAAAAGAUGAUGGGGGACCUGGAGGGCCUGCAGAGAGCUGAGCAGAGCCUGCAUGAUCUGCAACAAAAGCUGCAGAUCGCUCAGGAGGAGCACCGCACAGUAGAAGUGGAGAAGGUCAACCUUGAGCAGAAGCUGAGGGAUGAGAUCAACGCAGCCAAGCAGGAGGCCCAACGCCUGCGAGAGCUGCGAGAGGGCACAGAAAAUGAACUGAGUCGCCAAAAGUAUGCUGAAGAAGAGCUGGAUCAGGUGCGCAUGGCGUUGAAGAAAGCAGAAAAGGAGUUGGAGUCCCGGAGCAGCUGGUCACCACCAGAGUCUCUCCAGAAGUGGCUGCAGCUCACCCACGAGGUGGAGGUGCAGUACUACAACAUCAAGAAGCAAAAUGCUGAACGGCAGCUCCUGGUGGCCAAAGAAGGGGCUGAAAAGAUAAAGAAAAAGAGAAACACUCUCUUUGGGACCUUCCAUGUGGCUCACAGCUCCUCCCUGGAUGAUGUGGACCACAAAAUACUGGCAGCAAAACAAGCCCUGGGCGAGGUGACGGCUGCUCUGCGGGAGAGGCUUCAUCGCUGGCAGCAGAUAGAGAUCCUCACCGGUUUCACCAUCGUUAACAACCCUGGCCUUCCUUCUCUGGCCUCGAGCCUCAACCUCGAUGCCAGCUUCAUGGGCGGCAGAGCCACACCUCAGCACUUCAUCAUGUCGGACGACAUGGACGACUUGGACGAGGAUAUCAUGCCUGGAACUCUGCAAUCUCCCAGUAUGAUGUCCCUGCGUCAACGCCACAUUGACCCUCAGCUGGCCAUGGGCUCCCAGAGGUUGGUAGACAGUUGCCUAUUGAGGCAGCAGGGAGAGGGAUCCCCAUACCUAUCCAGGUCUAGGGCCACCCUCAGACAGUCCCGCAGCCAGUCGUUCGGGCAGCUCGAUUGUCUCCCUCUGCCCCCUCUGUCCUCGGCUGUGUCUCACCCCUCCAUCAUCUCCGCCUCCAGCCUAAACCCUCAGUCGCUGUCCUCCUUGUCCUCCUCUUCCUUUUGCUUACCCAGUUCUGUGGGUGGCGCUUCAGCCCCUCAUUCUUCCCAUUUUUAUCAUACUUCUUUCCAGCCCUUGGAGCCCAUUCCUGAUUUCACCUUCUCAGAUGCCUCCAAAGCACACAGUGACAGCUAUGGGGACCUGAAUCGCUCUGACUCCGACUCCUCCCUGUCCCUGUCCCAAGUUGGUGAUCGGCUAUCUGCCUACAGCUCCAAAGGCCACCUGAUCAAGCCCACCACUCUCAUGCAUGGCCUGUCCAGCCGUGCAGAAGAUACCAUCUCUCUCCACGCUCACACCCCUAACGGAGGAAACCGCAUUCCCGAGGCCAAUCCAGCAGAGCUGAGUCCCGACAGCCCAAUACUCAUGAAGGAAGUGUACGGCAUGAAGGAGUCGCCCAGCCUGGGGGAAAUCAACAGCCUGACAGAGUCAUCCCGCUCCCUCAGCCCCAACUCUACUGAACCUGACACGCCGUCACCCACAGGAGGAGGACAACCAGGGGUCGUAGGGGCAAAGGGUGGCAGUCGCAUCCCGCAGCUGUCCUCCAAGAAAAGUCCCCUGGAGGAGGACAGUGGCUCUACAGGAGAAGACACAGAUUCCACUGCCAGCCGCAAGAAACACACCUUCAAGAUCUUCAAGAAGCAGAGGAAAUAAGGGCUACAUGGACUACAGGCUUUAAAGCUGUUGGACUGAAUUCCUCCGAUUGUUUCUUGAAAACAAGUUUGUGGUCAAAUGAUGGCACACUUUGUUGCCGUUGCAUCUUUUUUUGUGGGUACAAAACCUACUAUGAGGAUGGAGACUGUGGGGGAAAAACCAGUUGUUCAGUUUUAUCUGCUUAUUUGGUCAUCGUUGAAUAUAUGGGGAAUAGGUAGGUUUGUAUAUUGGAAUGUAAAGUAUUAUUUAUUCUGCAGGAAGUUAGUGCCAGUCUCAAAGGGAAAUGUGUCUCCCAGUUGGUUUUCCUUUCUUGUUCUAUGAUCUAUAACAUUUUGCAUGUCUUCACUUUUGUUUGACUGUUACUCGAAUGCUCUUGGUGUUGGCUUGGUUCUUGUCGCUAGCCUGCUUAGACAACACUUAAUGUUUUGUUAAUUACUACCUAACCACCUCGCUUACAAAACCCAAAGUGAAUGCGCACACCUUUUAUUUUCAUUGAGUAAUUUGUUUUUAUUGAUGGUGAUAUGUUUUUUUCUGUCUUGUGUUGUCUUUGUCUUCUUGGCAGAGCUGAUGACACAUUAAGUAAAUCCUCCAACAGAAGAGUUGUAGAAGAAAGCUUUUUUUAAAAUUCUACUUAGAGUUUCAAAAGUGUUGAACAGAGCACAGCGAAAACAGAUACUUGGCAAUAUCUAUAUUCUUCAGACAGCGGGGAUUAAACUGGCUUAAUAAUAGCGUACAACCUUUUGAACUUGAAUGACAUCGGCUUUUAAUCGAGUUGGACAAGAGGUAAAUCUCCUCCCGAGUUAAUUAAGGACCUAUAAGAUCGCAGCUUUAGACCUUAUGCUUUAUUUUCAAGAGUUUAAGUUGAGUGCAUGUGGGCAUGAGAGAGUGAGAGAAAUAUGCUGUUAUGUAGCUUUUUAAAGAAAAUGUCAGAAAGUUUAACCUUACUUUGACGCAGCUCCACUAAAGCAGGAUGAGAACAGAUGUCAGGGUGAAAUUGUCCAGGUGUGAUACAAGAACCCUUUUAUUAUAAGGCAGCAGUGAUACCAAACAUAUACAUACCAAAUUCAAAUACCAGAGACUGCAAGGCAAAUACACUUAACGUUGUUUUAGUAACUUUAAAAUUUAGAUGAUAGAACAUUAGAACGGUGUAUACCAUGAAGAGCUUUAUAUGAAUCAAAGAGCUAAACAGAAAACAUCUGGAGUGCAUUUUUAUUCACAACUAUCAAAGAAAAACUAAUAUGUUUGGAUGUGACAAAUUCCACUCUAAAUUAAUAUGAAGUCGUCUUAAAGACCUUUCACUUAAUGUUUCUUUACUGAAUUGGGUGCAGAAUUGGCUUCGAUUCUGGCUGCUGCUGUUGUAUGUCUGAUUGUAUUGUUUCUGAUUCUGUGAUUGUUCAGGAAGGAAAUAAGGAACUCCUCAGCAGUGAGUAAGCAUGGACUGAGUGCUAGUAAGGGCUAUAGUUACAGGGCAACAAGUCUUGCUCUGUGUUAGAUAAAAGUUUCUUUAUGUAAUUCCAUCUUUUAUGGAAGAUUCAGUUCGACAAGUUGUGGAAGCAGAAGUCGCAGUGCCUCUGUAUUUGUAGUGUGUCCGGUCCUUUGAGCCCCUUACACACAGAACACAAACAACCAUGAUAUACAGUCUGUAAUGUAUAUGCUGGGUUUGAACACUGAAUGUCCAAGGGUAUUGUUGCUGUAACCGUACAAUCAGCACAGUAUGUUUACAUUUGUUACAGAUAAUUACUAUCCUCCGAUUACAUUGUGCCAGUUUUAAUAUUGACCGCUUCGUACGAGCACAGAACUAUGCAUCAGUAGUUGUAGGUGAUUUUUAAAGUAGAAGAGACGUCAGGACUUGUAGGGCGUUCCUGACCGACGAACAACCAAAAGUGCUGCAAAAGACACAGAGGGCAUCUCCCCCAGCCUCAUAAUGUAACAGGUGGUUUGGAUUAAGAAGAUGUGUUUCAAUACUUUAUUUUAGCAACCAGUUAAACAAAAAAAUAGAUAUCAAUUUCCUACUGGUCCUUUUUUUAUGGUGUCAUUUGUACCUCUUUUGCACGACAGAGCUGUAUAUGAAUUGCACCGUCUGAAUGUGCGCUUGUGUGCGUCUGUCUGCUCCCAGGAAAAUGCACUGUCAUGUUGAUGCAUGUCAACUGCUGUAACGAAACCUAUAUUGGGUUAAAAGAGAGUAUCAGCUUAAACUCUUUACUUCCCCCCCCAUCUCCCUUUUUCCUUUCUUUUUGCUUUUGGCUUCUAUUUAUGAAAACCUGCAGUAUAUUUGUACAGAGAAAAUGAUCAUUUUUGCAUCUUACGUGAUGAUCUCGACUUUUAUGGCACUCCUGCAUGAUAGCAAUAAACUAUUUUGAAUGAAA